GGCGAAACUUGAACUCCAUGUUGAUGAGUAAGCGAAAUCAGAGUUGUCAACAAAACAAACGUGGAAGUAAAUAAUUCAAUCAUGAACUUUUCGAAUGCUAGUUGAUGCAGCUGCUUUGUUGGACAAGUCGCCUGUUUCAUUCACAGAUAGCUCGUUUUCGGAAUGUGAACCAACACUAACCACUCUUACUGCUGAGUACUCUUCUCUUCAACCCAGCAACAUUUCAGAGGUUUACAAUGAAACAAUCGUGAACGGGAAUGACAAAACGAGAACAAGCCUAUCGGCCUGUGAGUGUAAAGUUUUAAAUGCGAUGAACGACACAGAAAAAUCUUUUUCUGCUGCAUUUCCGGAGAAUCACGGAAUUGAUUAUACAGCGCACAAGGAAUCGCAAACCGUAAACCUAAGGAUUUCACUUGAUUGGAAACGGCUGGAAUCAUACCAAGAAUAUACACAGACUACGUUAACUGCGUUAACGUUAACGUUAAAUCCCUAAUAUAGCGAAUUCCAAAAUCAAACAUUCGAAAGUAUCACAGUGGAUAACUGCACGGGAAUACUCAACAACGAGUCACUGUCGAAGAAGUUGGAUCAUUCGUGGAACAGUCUAUCUAAUGGUAAUCAAUCACAUUAAUUAAAAAAAAAAUAUUUUCAUUUUAUUUUCAGCUGAAAUGUCAACUGGCGAAUGCACCAAAGAUUUUUUAAAUAAUGAUUUCAAGCCUCAUGUUCACAAUUUGUCAAAGCUUUCUGGAUUCAAUUUAGAGCCACAAUGGCUUUCGAAUAAUCAACACAUGAAAACCUCAAUUGAACAUGGAAAAAACGAUCUGGUCACCGAUAGAUUUAGUGACUCACUUACUGCUCGCAGAAUUUCAAACCUUCCGGGUGAAAAUCUGCUUUCGAGAAGAUACCCUGCUGAUGAAACUUUUCGCUCACAAAUAAGAUCACGCAAAAGACCGAAUGUCAGCAGCAGUCGGACUAGUGAUAGACUCGUCCACACACUCCGAUUAUUAAAUAUUACUAACUACUCUAGAGGUAACAUACUGUUCAAAAGUAGCUCUAAUUGAGAAAAUUCUAGCUCAUUGCGAUGUGCAAAGCAAAAUGAUAGUAGCACAAACCGCAGUAGCAAGCUCAGUACGACGAAUGAUACAAGUCUCGCACAUUAUUCGGGUGGCAAUAUACUAUUAACCAGACUUCCUACUAAACACUAUAGCAUGCGAAAGAAGGACGAUCAGAAUAACUAUUCAAACGAUGAAUGUGAAAAAAGUUAUGGAAUAUGGCAGAAUAAAUCAAACACUGAUGAAGAUUGGUCAACAACAAGGUCCACGGGGCGUUCUGGUUAUCCGAACAGUCGAUCAUUGCUUCAACUAAAUUCAGUAGAAACGAGACUUGAACCCAAUUUAACAUUGGAUUCGAUUCAUAAUGAUUUGUCAUUUCGUAACGUUUACUGUAGUACACCGAAACAUUUGAAAGUUUGCGAGUUCGCGAAUGGUAUGAAUCGAAUGAAUACCGAAGAAACACCAUAUCAUCACCUCCAAAUUGAUUUUCUCGACUCAGAAUACGAGCCAGGUGAUCUGAACUCAGAAUAUGAUGAAUUUGAGGAUGGUGGCAUAGACAAUGAAGGAUUGUAUAAUAUAAUAGGAGAUGUUGAACCAAUGACAAAUUUUUCGAUGGAUGAAUAUUUUGAAAAAUAUCGUAACAGAAUUAUCAGCGAUAAUGAGUUAGAAGAUGAUGCGAACAAUAACAGAAAGGAAGCAGAUGAAAACGAGGAUCCUGGAUUUGAAGAACUGGGGAAAGAUGAUUGUCGUAAGAAGAUAAAGAAAAUGUCACUGUGGCAAAUAAACAAAACUGCUAAGGAACGUGGUGAAAAAUACCUAUGAAUGGACGGUACAGUUGUUCCAGCUAGGAAAAUACAGGAUCCAUGCCACUGUUUUUUCUUGAAAUGCUAUGAAAAGUACAGUAAUGCUUUACGUGAGCGGUUAUUAUCAAAUCUGUUGAAACUUUCAUCUUCAGGCCAAAAUCAAUUUAUUAGGAAUCAUAUAGUGAUUAGUGAAACAAGUCGACAAACGGUUAGUUAAAUAACAUUAAUUUUAAAAACUAUUUAAAUAACACAUACAUUAUUUUUAUGGGUUCUCAACUCA